AAGAGAGAGGAUAUAUAUUGCUGACAAUGUGUUGAGCGUAUUGAACAUGAAUUACAAAUGGGGAAAGGGGCACUAUUUACAGUAGUAAUAAAUGCCAGAUAGGGACACAUGUCAUCAUUCUGGUGGUCGAGGGGUCACCUCAGUGGGGUGGCACUGGCACUCGCAUGUGGCCGCAUUAAAUGCGGUGGUUGGAUGUGACGUUUGUACUUGGUACGUUGAUCCGGCGCAUGUGGGUGGGAGAUUCUGUCGAGGAGAUGCCUUCGGCCGUAGAUGAUUGGCCGAAGGCUCUUCAUACCGGGGGCCUCCAAAUACUGAGGGCUCUAGGUGCCGAGGGCUCCUGCUUUCGCCGCCCACCGACCAGCGGUGCCGCCUCCCAUAGAACUCCGGCCUGUGAGCACCGUCGUCAACCAAAAGCAGUGUGCCUUGCUGGAGCAGUUGUCCGCUUGCGCGACCUGGAUGCCAAGUCACCGCCUGACGUCGAUGUGUUGUCUUCCAUCCAGCCGUCGGCCAUACAACCUCUGCCUACCACCCAGUGAAGGCGAAUUACUACCUGAGAAUUCACGGCGGAAGCAGAUCUCAUCACUCUGCUCUUAGACGCAAACUUCGUUCUCUCGCUCAUGUUUAAUUCUUCAUUAUCCAUUUAUUUGGUCAAGUUACAAUCAAGUUUUUUUUCAAAGUAAUUCAUUUUCAGUUUCCU